AUGAACACGCACGCAGGAGAAUUCGACUACAAGGACGCUCGUCGUUACAAGCAUACCCGCAUAGGUAUAUGGGAUCUCUACGAGGAACGCCGAACACGCAUACGAGCCUCGCCGACAUUGAAGAUGUGUGCCCAAAUAAUCCAAAGCACUCCACUUCUAGUUCGCAUGUUCAAAGAUGUACUCAGCAUCAGACGGUGCUCCGUGCUUCUCCCUGCAUACUUUGUGGUACAAGUUUUAAUUUCCCUCAUACCCGCUGUUUCCCUGUGGUACUCUGGACAAUUACUCCGCCUUGUAGAGACCGCAAUGGAGACGCGCACUGUGGACACAACGGUGCUCGUGCAUUUUGCUGCAGCACGUCUUAUAUGCACCGUCGCUAUGCGCUUUCUCGAGUAUUCCCUAGCCCGCAUAACCCCCCCUCUGAGGUUAUAUAUCAAACACUUCCACACCGAGCGCAUGUUCCACUCGGCUGUUCGCCUCGACCUGCCCGAAUUUCAAACUUUGUCUCAAACGACUGCACUACAGAACCUCGAAUAUGACUUACCUAGUGUGUUAAUUUGGGAAACUAUCCAGUCAUUGACGGACAUCGCAGUGAUAUUCAUUCGUCUGCUCUCUCAGCUUUCGGUUCUGAGUACAGUCAUGUGGAAACAACAGGAUGGUCUACUUCUUGUGGUUCUCAGUGCUUUGCAAUAUAUAUUGCCUUGGGCUAACACGGGAAAAGCAGUAGUCAGAUCCUUGGUUUGGGCCGCGACGACGACCAACGAGGAUUUUGUUCACAUGCAAGGUCUGAAGAGACUCGCUGCCAGGCUCUUACAUCGCCAGGAGCUUGUUGCAGGCAACCUCCGCGAACACAUCAGUGCACGAUUUCGCGAAGCAUCUCAGCGCAUCGGUCACGAUGCUGUUAAUUUCCCAGAUCUAGAAGAAUGUCGUUCUUUCAGGGACUGUCUGAGCAUCUCGUUCAUCCUCCAAGAAACAAUGUAUGUGCUACCUCAGAUCGUCUUCACCUUGUGCAUAGUGAAAAAUCCAAUGAAAACUCCCCUCUCCUUGGCAUCACUCAUAUGGAUCACACAUGCCUUUGAUCCAUCUGGUGACAUCGACCUCUUGUCAUUUAAGACGUUGUCCCUUGCGGAUAAUGUGUUCAGAAUAUGUGAGGUAUAUGAGAUAGAGAACAUACAGAAUAAGGUUGUGGAUGGCACGGAACCGUUCCCCGAGAACCAACAGUCUCUUGCAAAUGGUAUUUCUGUCGAGUUCAGGGAUGUUUCGUUCCAGUACCCUGGUUGGGACAGGUGUGUUCUGCGGAAUGUAUCAUUCAAGAUCGAGGCUGGUCAGCUAUGCGUCGUUGUUGGCGUGAACGGUUCCGGAAAGAGUACGAUUUUGAAACUGAUCUCCCGCAUCUACGACCCAACAGAGGGUACCAUUCUCGUUGACGGUCGUGACAUCAAAGCCUUCAGACUUGCUGACCUCCGUGCUGCUAUGUCCAUCCUCUUUCAAGACUACUCGGAAUUUCCCCUCUCCGUGCGCAAUAACAUCGGACUUGGCAACCCCGCCCUCGCACAUGACGAUGACAAGGUUCGCGAGGCUGCCCGUCUCGGCGGCGCGGAGGAAUUCAUUGACGAGCUCCCUCACGGAUUCGAUACCUACCUCGACCGUCCCGUGUAUGAUUACCAUGGGAACCUCCCUGAAGGUACCACGACGCUAUUCGGGUAUCCCAUUGACUCCCCGCCAUGGGAUCCCACUGGCGAUGCCCAUGUUUCCGUAAAUUCAAAUCUUCAAAUCAGCGGCGGGCAGGCACAGCGACUUGCAAUCUCCCGCACAUUAAUGCGCUCAUUGGUUCCUGACACUGAGUCUUCCGCUGGCAUGCUGUUAUUCGACGAGCCGAGUUCCUCCCUGGAUCCUACAGCCGAAUAUGGUGCGCUGCCCUGUCUCUUCGAGCGUCUACGGAAGCUGAGGGGUAACAAGACUAUGAUAUUUUCCACUCACCGGUUUGGAAAUCUCACUAAACAUGCGGACCUCAUUUUGUGGGUUUUUGAAGAAGGGACGCACGAUGAACUCAUGAAGAAAGGGGGAGAGUAUGCUCGUAUUUGGAAUUUGCAAGCGAAAUCUUUCAUUUAA